GUAAGCUCCAACUCUGCAGAUAUCGGAGAGGCGCUUGUUUCGGCCUCAGUUGGGUCAAAUGACGACCUGGACUUUGCUCAGGAAGAUCUUUUGCGUGUUAACGAGGCGGAAAGUGCAGGCUUCAUGGGCCGUAACUCUCAAGCCCAGUGGCUGCGUGCACUCGAGUCCAAGGUGGAACAAACUGAGGGUGAGCCUUCCUUUGCGGACUACAGGCUUCCUGGAGCCAGUACAGAAGCCUUCAACCGGCGUGCUGAAGCACUGCAUGGGCGUCAACAGAAGAGUGGCCAUACGCAGGCCCACGCGAACUCUGCAACCGACUACUACUUUUACCUCGACAAGACCAACAUUGAUAUCGAAAUUGGUGAUCCCAACGUUGUGCCCUCUGCUAGUACAGCACGGAGUCUGUUCGGCUACUACAAGCAUGCAGUGCACAGUCCGUUCAAGCUCGUUGACGAUGAAUUCGAGCAACAACUACAAGUCUAUCUCAACGAGAAGGAUGGAAGAGUUACGGCAAACGUGUGCCCCAAGUGGAAAGCUGUCAUGAACCUUGUGUUCGCCAUUGGUGCACGGUACUCGUAUCUAGUCGACGCUGAGUGGCGAGCGGACGAUCGCGAUCAUCUGGUCUACAUGUGGAGAGCGAUCCAUCUCUUACAGCUGCAAAACUUGAGAGCUCUCGUUUCGCAUCCGGAGCAGCGACUGAUACAGGCAAUCGGACUUCUUGCAUUAUACUACCUCACAAUCGGCCACGUUAGCAGAGCCUGGUUCAUGAUCGGUAUGGCUAUCCGACAUGCGCAGGCUGCAGGUCUGCACCUUAGAUAUGAGAAUCCCUCUAUUCCCAACAACCGGAGAAACUCACUGGCUGAGCUGUGGUGGGCCCUCAACUCUGUCGAAUGCGUUCUUACUGCAAUAUUGGGACGCCCCCGGGCAAUAUCUGCCAACGACUGCACAGUACCCCCACCGGGUACAGUCAGGACCGAGACGGAAUCGAGGUCGCGCGAAGCUACAACAGGCAAUGUUUCUACCACUGCUUCCGUAUACAGCCAUGUCUCUGGCUCUUCUACUGGAGAGAAGAGCGCUGCACACAAUUUGGACAACUUCGCUGCAGCCUAUGUCAGGCUCGACAUUCUCAUGGACAAGAUCCUCGCUGGACUGUAUUCGCCACGAAAGUCUGUCAGGUCAUGGAAGGGCGCACAGAGCAUGAUGACCUCGCUCUCUGAAGAACUUGAAACCUGGGCUUUGCAAUCGUUGCCACAGGGCGCGUCUGCUGCUGCCGCCGCCACUGUUGAUCAUAGUUUAGAUCGCGAGCGCUUGCUGCUCUAUCUCUACUAUUACAACGCCAAAAUCUGCAUCACUCGGCCCUGCGUUUGUAAAAUGGAUGAGCGGAUAAGAGAACAGAGCGAAGAGUCUUCGCGCUUCAACCAAAAGACAGCUGAAGCCUGUAUCGGAGCGGCUCUUGACAUUGCAGCGCUGCUGCCUGAUGUCCCGAACCGUUCUUGGUAUUAUGCAAACGGUCCUUGGUGGUGCGCCACACAUAUGAUCAUGCAAGCACUCACCCCGCUUUUGAUCGAGCUUUCAUUGGAUUGCGUUCACUUGACCAUCGACAAGUCUCACGUGACAUCUUGUGUCGAAAAGCUUAUAGCGUGGCUUCACUCGAUGAAGACUGUUGACGCGGUUAGCGAGAGCGCAUACAAUGUCGUCACUAAGGUGCUCAGCAGACAACGAUCAGAAGACGCUGCCAAGAAGCAAAUGCCUCAUCCAGAGCACUCUCAAGCACUUGGCCGCCAAGAAUAUGGGCCGUUACCGCAACAACCUGGUUCGCAGUCAUAUCAAAUAACAAGUCACCCGCAUCCACUACAGCACAUGCAACCUGCAUGGCCGGGACCCGAUGAGUUGAAUAAUAUGCCCUACUUUCCACGACCUGAUGCCGGGAGAUUCUACCCGAAUAAUGCGCCCAGCUCUGAUUAUCUGACUGGUUCCAACACGGGCAUGCACGAGUUUGGUCAGCCGCAAAUGAGUUUGUUCUAUGCGAAUCCUUUUACGGCUACGAUGGAUCAGUGGGAUUGGGACUCGAUGGCAGUGGAGGAUGCAGGCCAUGGACCUGGACGGGGUAUGCACCAGUAUCAAGGCCAGAGUUUUGGUGGUGGACCGUCUCAGUGA